UGUGUUCGCAAACAAUUACCUGACACUGAACAACCUCAACAUGAAUACUGCGUUCGGAUUGUUGUUGGCCGUUUUGGCCGUUUCUUCAGUACAGGCGUACGUUAGAUACAGGAGUUAUUAUGGCGGCGGUCAUGGGUUAGGAAGACUGUAUGAUAACUAUGGCAGCAUGUCCGGAGGAUAUGGAAAUCUUUACGGCAACGGUUAUGGCGCCUAUGGCAACGGAUACGGCGUUUAUGGAAACGGAUAUGGAAGCUAUGGUAACGGAUACGGCCUGGGUCAGUUGUAUGGAAGCAGCUUCGGUGGUGUUUAUGGGGGAUACGGUGGUCUUUAUGGUAGUCGCUAUGGUGGCUACGGCAACAUCUAUGGCAACGGACUGUACAGCAAUGGAUAUAGCACGUUUGGCAACGGAUAUGGUUUGGGAAACCUGUAUGGUGGAUACGGCAACCUCUACAGCAACGGAUACGGCCUUUACGGUAACGGCCUCUAUGGAAGCGGUCUCUAUGGAAACAGUCUCUAUGGAAACGGUCUCUAUGGCAAGCGUUACGGCUAUGACCACGUCGGCCACGGUAGUCUUUAUGGCCAUGGUAGCUAUAGACACGGAAAGAAGAGCUACUAUUAAGAAGACGACUUUCCAAUAGUUGCUGUGACAACGCAUAUUCACUCGUUACCUGCCUUAUAUGUUCGCCAUAUUGUUGUUAUUCCAAUCGGUGCAAUACACUCAAAU